GUCAUUGGUGGGCGCCUCGCGGGAAAAGAGCCCCCGCCCCGGACUUGAGCUGUGGAGAAUCGAAACUCCAGUGUGGCGGAGAGGAGUUGGGGAGGUUGGGCCUUGUUUCUGUUCCUCCAAGCCCUGCUUUCCCCUCUUCCUCCUCCUCCUCCUCGGUCUAGGCCCUGGCUGGCUGGCUGGCGGGCUGCUUCCCCCCGUGAGUGCAGCGGGCAGGGUCCCCUCGGGAGGGCUGGUGGGCCCGUCUCCUUCCUUCCCCGCUGCCUCACCAAGGCCCGGCCUGCGCUUCCUUUAAGGCCCCCUCCCCAUUCUUCGGCUUCUCCCAGGCCCUUUUCCUUCCUCGCAGCCGGGGGAGGAUGCCUGCCUCCUCGCCUCCUUCUCUUCUCUGCCUCAGGCCUCAAAGGCUGGACUCCUAGACACACACCCCUGGAAAUACAUUCUGUAGAACGAAGUGGGAUCUUGUUUCUUUGCAAAAAUGAAGCGAAGAUCAGAACCUGAAUAUAUUAGUCCACAGAAAAGACAGAAGAAGAGGAUUGAAGAGUUGGGCCUGACCCUCAGUUCUACAUCUGAUGAUGAAUCUCAGCUUGCAAAUCAUGCAGCUCAAGAGUCCUCCACAAGCAGCAGUGAGUCUGAUGGUGAGAACAAUGAGAGGCGACCUGCCUUUGGCUCUUUCAGCAGUACAUUCAAUGCUGAAUCUCUUGUGGAAGGAACAUCCUCCCGCUACUCCAUGUAUAACAGUGUGUCUCAGAAACUCAUGGCAAAAAUGGGUUUUCGGGAAGGUGAAGGACUUGGAAAAUAUGGCCAGGGAAGGCAGGAAAUUGUUGAGGCCUCCCAACAGAAAGGAAGGCGAGGGUUGGGACUCACUCUGAAAGGAUUUGAUGGAGAGGUGAACGUCAACUGGCAGGAUGAGCCGGAGGCUACUGCUUAUGAGCAAGUGGAUUGGUUCCCAGAAUGUACCACUGAAAUUCCAGAUGCAGAGGAAAUGAAGGACUGGAUGACGAUAGGGAAGAAGAAGCUGGUGAUUGAAGAUGAAACUGAAUUCUGUGGAGAAGAACUUUUACAUAAUCUGCUCCAGUGCAAGAGUGUCUUUGAUGAGCUUGAUGGGGAGGAAAUGCGCCGUUCCCGUACAAGAGCCAACCCGUACGAAAUGAUCCGUGGGGUCUUCUUCCUAAACAGAGCUGCAAUGAAGAUGGCAAACCUAGACUAUGUCUUCGAUUCCAUGUUUACAAACCCAAAGGAUUCUCAUGGGAAACCACUGGUAAAAGAUCGUGAUGCAGAGCUGCUGUACUUUGCUGAUGUGUGUGCUGGCCCUGGUGGUUUCUCAGAGUAUGUUCUUUGGAGGAAGAAAUGGCAUGCAAAAGGUUUUGGGAUGACAUUAAAAGGACCAAAUGACUUCAAACUGGAGGAUUUUUAUGCUGCCCCCAGUGAACUCUUUGAGCCAUACUAUGGUGAAGGAGGGAUUGAGGGUGAUGGAGAUAUUACCCGUCCCGAGAAUAUCACCGCCUUCCAGAAAUUUGUGCUGGAUAACACAGAUCAGAAGGGAGUACAUUUCCUAAUGGCUGAUGGUGGUUUCUCUGUGGAGGGGCAAGAAAAUAUCCAAGAGAUUCUAAGCAAACAACUGACACUUUGCCAGUUCCUCACUGGACUCUCUGUUAUACGAACAGGAGGGCAUUUCAUCUGUAAAACCUUUGAUUUGUUCACACCAUUCAGCGUUGGCCUGGUAUACUUGCUGUAUUGCUGCUUUGAGCGUGUGUCAAUCUUCAAACCUGUGACAAGUCGUCCUGCCAAUUCUGAGAGAUAUGUUGUGUGUCGUGGAUUGAAGUCUGGAACUGAUGAGGUGAGAGACUACCUUUUCACAGUGAAUAUCAGACUCAACCAACUGCGCAGCAGAGACCAGGAUGUAAAUCUCAUUGUCCCCCUGGAAGUCAUCAAAGGUGACCAUGAUUUCUAUGAUUACAUGGUCAGAUCAAAUGAAAGACUCUGUGCUGUUCAGAUUAAAGCGCUGGCCAAAAUCCGUGCUUUUGUUCAAGACACGACGUUGAAUGAACCGCGACAGGCUGAUAUCAGAAAAGAAUGCCUCCGGCUCUGGGGGAUACCAGACCAGGCCCGAAUUGCUCCAUCGUCUUCAGAUCCAAAGUCCAAGUUCUUUGAAUUAAUUCAGGGUGCUGACAUAGAGAUCUUCAGUUACAAACCAACACCUCUCAACUUAAAAACAUUGGAUAAGAUCCGUCCCGUAUUGGAUUAUAGAUGCAUGGUAUCAGGAGGUGAACAGAAGUUUCUUCUGGCCCUAGGGAAAUCUCAGAUAUAUACUUGGGCUGGUCGCCCAUCAGAUCGCUGGACUAAACUGGACUUGAAAACAGAAUUGCCACGUGACACUCUUCUGGCUGUGGAGAUUGUUCAUGAGCUAAAAGGAGAGGGGAAAGCACAGCGAAAAAUUAAUGCCAUCCAUAUCUUGGAUGCCUUGGUACUAAAUGGCAGUGAUGUCAGAGAGCAACAUUUCAAUCAGCGAAUUCAGCUGGCCGAGAAGUUUGUGAAGGCUGUCUCUAAACCCAGCCGGCCAGAUAUGAACCCAGUCAGAGUGAAGGAAGUGUACCGAUUAGAAGAUAUGGAAAAAAUAUUUCUGAGGUUAGAGAUGAAGAUUACCAAGAGCUCAAGUGGGAUACUGCGGCUGUCCUACACUGGCCGUGAUGACCGGCACUUUGUCCCCACAGGAUUGUACAUCGUUCGGACAGUCAGUGAUCCCUGGACCAUGGCAUUUAGCAAAAAUUCUUACAGGAAAUUUUUCUUCAACAAGACAACACAUACUUCCACAUAUGAGCUUCCCGCAGAAUCUGUUGCACCAUUUCAUAUUUGCUACUUCAGUCGCCUCUUCUGGGAAUGGGGGGAUGGCGUCAAAGUGCACGAUUCUCAAAAAAGGGAAGAUCCAGAGAAGCUGUCCAAAGAAGCUGUUCUGUCCUUCAUUCGGCAACAUUCGCCCUAUGAGCAGACUGUCGCCAAGUCUUGGGGGACAGGGAAGGAGCCUGGGUUGGAAUCGUCAGCCGCAGAUUAGCAUAAGUUUCUUCCAGCUACUUAAAGUGAUUCAUGGAGGACAUGCCAGAGGAAGCUGGAUCAAGUGGUGGAGGACUUGGUGGGGAAAACAUGAGACAAGGCUGCAGAUUGCAAAACAGCAUUGUACAUAUUCAUCUGCUCCUGGCAGUUUUUGCUGCUAGUGACAGAGGCAAGGCUCCUGGAUCAGUGGCUAUUCCUCUGCAUUGAUGCCCACCAUACCUCUCUAGGACUCCUUCCCACCCCUGUGGUUUCAACACUUUGCAUCUGGACUUCACAUAGCAGACAGCACAGCAAAUCAAAGAAGAAUUUGCACACAACUCCACAAUGUCACCUGUAACAGAAGGACCACAUGGUUCCUGAUGGAGUUCCUUAAGGGUAGGAAUGAGGACAAAAGGGAGAGGUAGCUUUUAAUGACCUGAGAUUGUUGCUUGGGCUUUUUUUUUGUAUGAUGAGCUAAAUUUGAGUUCAUUCAGAAAUUCUAGUUCUUGCCCUAUCUGUUUCCAUGGCUCUGUCCUUUAGAAUUCUAGAUAUGUCUUAUCAGGAAGAAAACCAAACAGAUGGAGUUCUUGAUUGUAAUAGUUUUGGUGUCCUUGCUGUCAGUAAUGACACAUGAGUUUGAUUUUAUGCUUCUAUGCAAAGUAAAUGUAUUAUGCUCAUUUCCACUGUCCACCUUCAGGUUUGCAACCCCAAGGAGUUUUCUCUAAUGGAAUCCCCAAACUCUUGACUAGACUGAGCACCUUUGGUUUGUGAUUGAGGCAUGCCCAGUAGUUUUCCUUUGAUCAGUGUUGGGGAAUUGUAGGGCUGGGGAAAUGAAUGGCUUUUGAAUGAUGCAUAGAUUGACGGAAAGAGAGGAAACACUUGGAUUUCACCUAUCCAGCCCUCUUGCAGGGAAGGAAUUUUAAUUCUUAAAAUAAACCUCUACAUGUUUGGAAUGAAAAUCCCAUAUGGAGCAAAAAUACACAAUGGACUAUUCUUCAAUACUCAUGAAUCCACUGUAUUGUGAAUUGGUUUUUCGGGUGCAGAGGAACAAGACUGUACUUUCCACAUAUUAUGACUUUAAAAAAGAAAGAAAGCAUGUCUUCUUUGUUUUCUAACUGAGUCAGGCAGUAACAAGCCACAAAAGAUUGUAAAGUCAGUGCAGAUGCUGAAUAUUUGCUCAUGGUGGCAAGAAGAGAAAAUUCACCAGCAUGUGGUGUGGGACAGUUGCCCAGGUUGUGCAUUAAAGAAAACUCUGAGAUCUCCUGUUGCAGAAGGCACUAUCCAAGACCCAUCUACACUUCCAUAUGCUGCAGUUUCAGAAUUCAGAUUAACUGCAUUGAACUUGUUUAAAUGGUAGUGUAGACUUGUAUAAUUCAGUUCAGUGCAGUUCAAUUUGCAUUGUAUGGGUCCAAACUGACCAUAUAAUGCAGUUAAAACUGCAUUAUACAGUAGUGUAGAUGGGACCCAAGUCCUAGCCCCUCUCAAAGGAUAUGGACAAAGAGACCCAAUGUUCAGUUUUAGGGAACUAUGGUCAAUCGAGUAAGGUAUGGUUUCACCCAAACUAGAGUUCAUGUGGAAGUCCAUAUAAACCUCCUUGUAAGUAGUACCUAAAUCUUACUUCCAUUGUUGUAGUUAAGGAAAACUUAGCCAAGGGAAAUAGUCUCAACCCUUUUAAUCUACUGUCCUUUGGCCACAAUUUCCCUCAGCACACACAUCUUCCAGUUUAUAAAAAUGGCUAUGGAGCACUUUGUCAUCUAAAUAAAGGCCGUGUAUUGCCCAUCCCUGAAUGAAAGCAUCACAAUUGGAGUCUAGUAUACAAUCACAUAAUUAAGCUUCUGUUUUCAAUGUAAUUUUGGCAGGAAUAGGCCAGUUCCAAAUCAUAUUGACUUUCCAUAAAUUAAGGCUCUAUUUAGGCCUGGAUAGGACUUAAGAGCAAGGCUUAAUCUCCAAAUUAGCAGCUGCUUUAUAUUUCAGAUGGGAUAGGAAGAAAGUAAUUAAAAUGGACUCUCGCACGUUCAGGUUGAGCCUUAUGGUGUUAAAUUUGUAAAAGUACCGAAGAGUGCGAUGUGUAUUGGGCUGACCUUUCCCUUCAGAAUUGUAAUAGUUCAAGAGUAUGUUCAUAUUCAGGGGUUCCUUGUUUGUUGGCUUGAGAGCAUUUUCAGAGACAUUUUUACUGCUAGACCAACCUCCCUCUGAUUUUACUCUGCAUUUCUUGAGUGCAGUUGGGAGGGAAAGUUGUAUAUUGGGAGACAAAAUAUAUGCCCUCAUAUUAUUUAUUUCUAAUGUACCUAUUGUUCCUUGCCUGUCAUAUUGGAGUCAAGAUUCUUCCAUUCUAUAAUGUACUAAGGUCUCUGUUUUUUGAUGGCAUAUAAAAAUCUAUUUAUUUAAAAGCUGUGUACAUGAAGAAGCAAACUACUUUAAUGGAAACCAGAACCAUGUAAUUCCAGUAUUGAAGAAUGGCUUCUCUUUGGUAAUUCAGAAGAGACAUGACCGUUGUAUGGAUAGAACAUUAAAAACCUUGGGGAUGGCCAUGUGGAUAAUCUAA